AUGGAUAAACGAAAACACUAUAAAGGUCCACCUCCAAAGAGGCAGAAAUCAAAUGACGACGAUGAAAAUGACAUACCAGCAAGUUUUGAAGAGCGCCUGGCAGGAAUGGAAUCUGACUUUGACACUCCUGAAGUAUUUGGAGACGGUCCGGAAAAUCAAAACACUAAUAUGAAAUGGUGUCGACCAAAUCCACCCGCUUUAAACCCAGAUCUGGAUUCUCUGAUAUUUCAACAGUUUGAUAUUGAUCAUUAUAAUGGUAAGCCUAUAUCUGGUAUGCCAGGUUCUCAGUUAGCACCCGUACCAGUGAUGAGAAUGUAUGGUAUCACCAUGGAUGGUAAUUCUGUCUGUUGUCAUGUACAUGGGUUCACACCUUACUUCUAUGUCACUGUUCCUUCCAACUUUACUUCAUCAUCUUGUUUAGAGUUAAAAACAAAUCUUAACAAAGCUAUUUUAGAAGAUCUGCGAAAUAAUAAAGAUAAUAUAAGAGAAGCAGUGUUAGAGGUAAAAUUACUCAAAGCUAAAUCUUUAAUGUACUAUAAAGGGGAUAGUGAAGUAACAUAUGCAAAGAUUUCAGUUGCCUUACCAAAACUAAUAGCAGCUGCGAAAAGACUAAUUGAAAGACAACCGCCUUCCUUUAGCUUACUAGAUCCUUCUUUUUAUGAAAGCAAUAUUGACUUUGAUAUUAGAUUUAUGGUGGAUACGUCUGUUGUGGGCUGUAGUUGGAUAGAAUUGCCACCCAAAAAAUGGUCUUUAAGAACCAAGAAUGGAAUAUUGUCACCCGUAUCCAGAUGUCAACUUGAAGUUGAUGUAGCAUGGAAUGGUUUUAUAGCUCAUCAGCCUGAUGGGGAGUGGUCCAAGGUUGCGCCUGUGAGAAUAUUGAGUUUUGAUAUAGAAUGUGCUGGCAGAAAAGGAAUUUUUCCAGAACCUGAAAAGGAUCCUGUUAUUCAAAUAGCAUCAAUGGUUAUUAGACAAGGUGAUACAGAGCCAUACCUCAGAAAUGUAUUCACUCUGAAUACAUGUGCUCCUAUUGUUGGAUCCCAAGUAUAUAGUUUUCAAUCAGAAUCAGAGAUGUUGUCAAAAUGGUCUGACUUUUUCAGAGAAUUAGAUCCUGAUAUAAUUACUGGGUAUAAUAUUAAUAACUUUGACUGGCCCUAUCUAAUCAAUCGCGCUAAGCACCUAAAAGUAGAAAGUUUUGAUUUUUUAGGGCGUAUAAGAAAUAUUAAGUCAGUUAUAAAAGAUUCUGUUUUACAAUCUAAACAGAUGGGUAGAAGGGAAAACAAAAGUAUAAACUUUGAAGGUAGAGUUCCAUUUGAUUUGCUUCUUGUCCUGGUUAGAGAUUACAAACUGCGAUCAUACACACUGAAUGCAGUAAGUUAUCAUUUUCUCCUAGAACAAAAAGAAGAUGUUCAUCACAGUAUAAUUUCUGACCUACAAAAUGAAAAUGAACAGACACGACGCCGAUUGGCGAUGUAUUGCUUAAAGGAUGCUUAUUUACCAAUAAGACUAUUAAAUAAAUUAAUGUGUAUCAUUAACUAUAUGGAAAUGGCUAGAGUAACUGGUGUACCUCUAUUAUGUCUUUUAACUAGGGGCCAGCAAAUUAAAGUUGUCAGUCAGUUGCUUCGGAAAGCUAAAGAUGCCGGAUAUUUAAUGCCUGCCUAUCAUGGUCAAGGCUCUGAUGACCAAUUUGAAGGAGCAACUGUAAUAGAACCUAAGAAAGGUUAUUAUGCUGAUCCUAUAUCAACAUUAGAUUUUGCUUCCCUAUACCCUAGUAUUAUGAUGGCACACAAUUUGUGUUAUACUACUUUAGUACCACCAAAUUUGCAAAAAGAAUUGAACCUUAGUCCAGAAAAUACGACGAUUACACCUCUUAAAAACACGUUUGUGAAAUCGCAUAUAAGGAAAGGUCUUUUACCAGAAAUUUUAGAAUCACUUUUGGCUGCAAGAAAAAAAGCAAAAGCUGAUUUAAAAGAAGAAAAAGAUCCUUUUAAGAGGUCUGUUCUAGAUGGGAGGCAGUUAGCUCUGAAAAUAAGUGCUAAUUCAGUUUAUGGAUUUACAGGUGCCCAAGUUGGAAAGUUACCUUGUCUUGAAAUAUCAGGAAGUGUUACUGCAUAUGGACGGACAAUGAUAGAAUUUACUAAAUCAGAAGUAGAAAAAAAAUUUACGAAAACAAAUGGUUACAAAGAAGAUGCUAUUGUAAUUUAUGGUGACACAGAUUCAGUCAUGGUGAAGUUUGGAGUUAAAACUCUAGAAGAAAGCAUGGAAUUGGGGAGAGAGGCUGCUGACUUUGUUACAUCUAAAUUUGUGAAGCCAAUCAAGUUAGAAUUUGAAAAAGUAUAUUAUCCAUAUCUCCUCAUAAAUAAGAAAAGGUAUGCUGGACUAUAUUUCACCAAACCAGGCUCUUAUGAUAAAAUGGAUUGUAAAGGUAUAGAAACUGUUCGUCGAGAUAAUUGUCCACUUGUGUCUAAUAUGAUGAGCACUUGCCUGCAAAAACUGCUCAUCAAUAGAGAUCCUAAUGGCGCUGUUUUAUAUGCUAAGCAAAUCAUUUCUGACUUACUGUGUAAUAAAAUUGAUAUUUCACAGCUUGUUAUAACCAAAGAGCUUGCUAAAAGUGACUACGCUGCCAAACAAGCUCAUGUAGAAUUAGCAAAUAAAAUGAAGAAGCGAGAUGCAGGUACUGCUCCUAAACUGGGAGACAGAGUACCCUACAUAAUAUGUUGUGCAGCAAAAAAUACGCCAGCUUACAUGAAAGCAGAGGAUCCAAUCUAUGUACUUGAGAAUAGUGUGCCUAUAGAUUUCAAUUAUUAUUUAGAAAAUCAAUUGUCAAAGCCGUUAUUGCGUAUUUUUGAACCCAUUUUAGGUGACAAAGCAGAGUCUCUCUUGUUAAAAGGGGAACAUACUAGAACUAAAGCAAUGGUAACAUCUAAAGUGGGUGCUUUAGCUGCCUUUACAAAAAAAAAGGAAAAGUGCAUUGGAUGUAAAGUAGUUUUGUCUAAUGAUUCAAGAGCUCUGUGUGAUCAUUGCUUAGAAAAAGAGGGUCAACUGUACAUUACAGAAAUAUUUAAAGUAAGGCAGCUUCAAGAGAAAUUUUCAAAGUUAUGGACAGAAUGCCAAAGGUGUCAAGGUAGUCUACAUGAAGAAGUCUUAUGUACAAAUAGAGAUUGCACAAUAUUUUAUAUGAGAAAAAAAGUUGGAAUGGAACUAGAUACUCAAGAAAAAACUGUUUUAAGAUUUGGAGAACCAUUGUGGUAA